GGGGGAACUGCCAUCGUACCUUGUUGACGACAUUAUAGGCUCGGCCUCGUUUCCCAUCCGUCCGCUAACUGUAAACAGCGGAAUCAUCAUACACAUGCAUGGUGAUACAGCUGCUUUCAAGUCAUUGGUGGUAGAUAGUAGGAUAUAAGCUGCAGAAUCCUCCCGAAGGACGUAUGUGCGGGGAUGUAAGAGAGUGCUGAUAGGCCUUGUGCCAGUGUUACACAGUUGCUCUCUCAUGUUAAAACGAAGACCGAUCUCCACAGCCUUUCAAUCCGUUCGAUUCAUAACUAAAGAUGAAUCUCAAAAUUACUUCUUGGGCGUGCAAUUUCUGCCACAACUGCAUUGAAGAGGAUCAGGAAGUCUUAUUAGUGAUCCAUUCCAACGAUUCCUUUAGAUGGGCUCAUCAACGCAAGACAGCUCAUUUUCCGGAUCAAGUAUGCCCCUUCUGUACGACUCAUGAGGAGGCGUUCGCAUUCCAUCCGUUGUGUCUAGAACUUUUCCAAUCGUUUUUCCGCGAAUAUUUCAGGCCGGAGCCUGAAGCUACGCGGCAGCUUUUCGAGCUUGGGAAAGCGCUGGAUCCAAUCUUACCAGUGGAUGGCCCAUCUGGCGUCAAGCAUAUGCUCCAAGUAUCCAGGAGGUCAUUCAACCAGAAGUCAAUGAACGAGGCAAUAGAGAAAUUUCGGAUAAAGACACCCAGAGCCCAUGAACAUACUUGCACGUGCUGCAAAUGCCUACUACGCAGAUUACGAACCCUCCCGAACGAGAUUUUGUCCGACUCCAUCGCGCCUAUUGCAGCGGGAAGCCCUUUUCAGAAUGCAUUGUCUAUCAUCGGCGAUAUGCCCGCUGUACUAUCUGAACUGCAGAAAUAUCCCCCCCGCUCUUAUCACGUGUCUGGUCGGGCAGCAGUGUUCGAGACUCGCUUUGAGUUCGGGGGAACGUCAUAUAUCACUGGGCUGUAUAACGAAGAGGUCCCCGGAUCUUCCUUGAUUAAGCCCUGCGACGAGAUGUACGACUACAUCUGUGUACGGAUCAACAGAAUUGGUAUCACGGCCAUUGAAUUUGUGUGCUCCGAUGGGGCAAUUCCUACGAGGUCAAAGGGCGAUUGGGUAUACGCAGUUGCUGCUCUAAACGAACCCUUCUACGUGAAAUCCAAGGGCUUGUUUCUAGAGCGAAUUUUAGAGUCUGCCGCAACAAAUAGCAAAAUCAUGUGGGACUUCUCAGGCUUACCGUUUCUUAUGCAACCUGAUUCUCUUCUCCAAGACCUUCGUAUCCCCCAGCCGGAUAACGACAUGUUUCUUCAUUAUGUUCCUCUGAAUAAAGCGACUGGUAUCUCAAUGUCGAAUAUUUCGGGCGACCUUCACACUAUCACGGCCCACACAGAUCUUUCUCUAUACACACGACUGAAUUCAUCUGCCAUGUGGACGUAUUUCCCGCUGUCGAGUGCAGAUGACAUUGAAAAUAUAUGGGCAGUUUAUCCCAACGAGUUUCUCAGGAUAGCUGGGCUGGUGAUUCAAACAAAGCACAAAGUUGUUUGGCUGGUUCCAUAUUUCUCGCCUGUGGCGCAAGAAAAGUUGAAUUUUGUGCACAUGGCAUCCGGACCGAUACGCGCUUUCUACCAGAGCGACUUUGGUAUUGUAUACGGUAACCACCUGUUUGGUACUAUUCCCGCACGCACAGAGGAUGAUGAACUAGAACCCACAAGGCCACCUAAAAUUCGAUAUUAUCGGACAAGGUGUCCUUUCACCGAUUUCAGUCAACGAGACUGGAUGUAUUCUGAGGCUUCUCUGGCCGACGUAGAACAGGCCGAACUCUGCAUGGAAGGAAGCUGGUGUCUUGGAAUGCUUCUCCAUUAUAAAGAGUACAAGGCAACCGUCGGGCAAUUUCGAUACGACAAGGAAAUUGUGAAAUAUACUGACAGACCUCGUUAUAUUUCUGUAUUGCAAGAUCGACGUUAUAUUCGCAUCAGUUUCUUUCAAUCUCCACCACCGGUGGAUGAUAAAUGCAAGCUUCAAGAAAUGACUGGUACCAUAGUUUGGUGGUACAGCAGGCUCGGUUGCGAGGUCUCAUUAUUCAAAAAUUGAAGACAUCAUCUCCUUCUACGAUCAUGGAGUCACGGUAUCUUCUUGUUAGGACUACAUGUUGAUAGCAACAACGUCUUUUCUCCUACACUGUCUCCACCUGGGGCUUGUGAUGAAUCCCGAUCCUGGCUGAACCCACCCUUCAGAUCCAUCAAGCCUAUUCUGGCCUACGCCGAUGAUCU